GAAAUAACUCAAUCCCCAUUGCCAAACACAACUUUCCCUCUACAACAAUCCCGCGCUUAUUCGAAGGGAAGGACUACAAAACACCCCCGAAUCUCCUUGUUUUUCAGAGUCCAGUUUUGGAGAGUACGGUAGCCUCAAUGUCGGAUCCAAUUAUCCUAUCCGAUGAAGACGACUCAAACACCCCGCUCCCGUCCAUCUCCAAGAGGCCUAGAUCCGAACCGUACCAUCCAUUCCCUCCAAUUCUGGUCCUCGACGAUGAACCUACCCCGCAAAAACCCUCGUUGGGCCCCGCCAUCGUCUCCGUUUCCACUCCUUCCUUCGUGGCCGAGACUCCGACCUCCGAGCCUUCGAUCGUCAGGUGCUCCGAUGCCAGCCCUUCGGUUAGGGUUUCGGAUCCUCAACUGGAAGGUAACAAGCUCUAUGGAAUAAGCAGAUUGAUAUGUUUGGAAUCAGAUAAUGAGUCAGAAAGCUGUUCUAGAAGGGACAAUGAACAGGAUAAUGGAUCAAAGGGUUUUAGCAUUGAUGAGUCUAAGGAGUUAGAAUGGCGUUCUAGAUUUGUUGAUUAUGAAUCUCAUCUAGGGAGUCCUAAUCUAUUCAAAAUGUGCGAGGAAGACAGUGCUCCUCAGCCAAUUUACACACAAGACAAUGCUGAUCCGCUACUUCCUCCUUGGGUAAGUGAUGAUCAAGACAAAGAAAACUUUAGCAUGGAGCAGAUGGGUAAUGCACUAAAGCAGAAAAGAAAAACUAAAGCGAAUUGUGAUCAGAAAAGUAGUACAGAUGGAGAAACGGUAAAAAGGAAGAUGACAAAGGAGGAACGAAUUCAUAUGUUGGAAGAGAAGAAGCUAAAGAAAGAGCAAGAGAAGUUGCAAAAAGCAGCUCUGAAAGCUGAAGCUGCAGAGUUCAAAAAAUUGCAGAAAGAAAGGCAGAAAUGGGAAAAAGGAAAGUUUGCACUAAAAUCUAUUGUAGCUGAAAUUGACACUAAGGUGGUUGAACUGGGGUCAAUAGGAGGACAUUUGCUUUCAAGGUUUGCCGAAAAAGGCCUUACUUAUCGUAUAACAUCAAAUCCAAUUGAAAAAUCAAUUGUAUGGACCAUGACAGUUCCUGAACAUAUUUCACAGCUUUCUCCUGAAGGACUAGAGAUUCAAUAUGUAUUAAUUGUAUUUGAGGCUGCAGAGUUUUGUGAUCUAGUAACUAAUGACACACUUCUGGAUCAUGUUUCUAGAGUCCGAAGCAAAUACCCAUCUUAUACAGUUUGCUAUCUGACAAAUAGAUUAAGGGCAUAUGUUAAUAAAAGGGAAAAUGAACAAUACAAGAGCCCUGCAAAUGACAGUGGUUGGAGUCGUCCACCAAUUGAGGAGGUGCUGGCAAAGCUGACCGCUUAUUAUGCUGGAAUACACUCUAGGCAAUGUGCAGAUGAAGCUGAACUGGCUGAACACAUUGUUGGUUUGACAUGCAGUCUAGCCUCUUGCCGAUUUAGAAAGAAGUUAACGCGACUCUGUGUAAGUGCUAAUGGAUCCAUUAUUCCUAAGGACUGUAUCGACAAGAAUAUAAUAAAUGGGAACUUGUGGUUAAAAGCUUUGCUAGCCAUCCCAAAGGUCCAGCCACGAUUUGCUCUUGCCAUAUGGAGAAAGUACCCUACCAUGAAAUCUCUUUUGCGUGUUUACAUGGACCCUACAAAAUCAGUGCAUGAAAAGGAAUUUUUGCUCAAGGACUUGGUGAUAGAAGGGUUGCUUGGUAAAGACAAAAGAUUGGGCGAGGUUUGUUCGAGGAGAGUGUAUAGAAUACUUAUGGCUCAGAGUGGAAGCAUCAAAACUGAUGAUAUUGAGGAUGGUGCUGAUUUCUUCAUACAUUAAUUAUAUUUUUCGUUUGGGUGGGGGAUGAGGAGAGAGGGCUGCCAUAGCAAACAAAGUGAGAGUGGCACUGACCCCUGGUUGGCGAGAAAUAUGCAGGUUAUGCUUUAAAUUUAGGGCUGGCAGUACAUGUUAAUGGGUCGUAAUCUUGUUGUAUGAAGGUAAAGGUGUGGAUGUAAAAGAUAAAUAGGUUGAGAUGAAAACAAAGUGAUUAAUUAAUCAUGUCAAAAGUUCUUGACAUGAUUAUAACACGUUUAUUAUUAGAAUUAUAUUAUUUA